GCGCCGCGCGGCGGAAGUGGCUCCCGCGCUGGGACCUGAGUGUUAGUGUUUUGGUUCGCGAAGCAGUCGGCGGCCGGCCUAAGGGGAGGAGGCGGAGGAGGGAGGAGGAAGAAGAAUUGGUCGGAACUGGAGCGCCGGCGUCGGCGGAGGAGGAGAAAGAGACAGGCGGAGCGGAGAGAGGCGGAGACGGAGGCCGACGGGGGCGGCACCACGGCGCAAGCCCCGCGCUGACCAGUCUGAGUGGAGCGGCGCACGGAGGAGACGCGCUGCCACAGCAUCAGCUUCAGCCUCCUGUCGGACUGCGUCUGGAACCUGCUGCCGGGAAGCGUCAGCCCCGCGGCUCCGCGCCCUGCGGUCUCAGGUUUCUUUACCUCCAGAAAGAAAUACAUUGGCAUCUUGCAUCCUGGAAGUUCAUUUACGGGACUGAGUUCCUUAGGGACUUAUUUCACAAAUUUGGACAUGGCUAAUCGAGGAGCAACAAGACCCAACGGGCCAAAUGCUGGAAAUAAAAUAUGCCAGUUCAAACUAGUACUUCUGGGAGAGUCUGCUGUUGGCAAAUCAAGCCUAGUACUUCGUUUUGUGAAGGGCCAAUUUCAUGAAUUUCAAGAGAGUACCAUUGGGGCUGCUUUUCUAACCCAAACUGUGUGUCUUGAUGACACAACAGUAAAAUUUGAAAUUUGGGAUACAGCUGGUCAAGAACGAUACCAUAGCCUAGCCCCAAUGUACUACAGAGGAGCACAAGCAGCCAUAGUUGUAUAUGAUAUCACAAACGAGGAGUCUUUUGCCAGAGCCAAAAAUUGGGUUAAAGAACUUCAGAGGCAAGCCAGUCCUAACAUUGUAAUAGCUUUAUCAGGAAACAAGGCUGACCUUGCAAAUAAAAGAGCUGUUGAUUUCCAGGAAGCACAGUCCUAUGCAGAUGACAACAGUUUAUUAUUCAUGGAGACAUCAGCUAAGACGUCAAUGAAUGUAAAUGAAAUAUUCAUGGCAAUAGCUAAAAAGUUGCCCAAGAAUGAACCCCAGAAUCAAGGAGCAAAUUCUGCCAGAGGAAGAGGAGUAGACCUUACUGAGCCCACACAGCCCACCAGGAGUCAGUGUUGUAGUAACUAAACCUCCGGUUUGAACUUGCUGGAAUAUUCUUCUGCUUCAUAAAUGUUAAUAACAGUGAAAUUGGAGCAUUUAACCAGCCCAAUAUGACUUCCAAAAAGAAGAGACUUACAGUAGAAUCAAGUUUCUAAUACAGAAUUAUUUUAAGUGUUUUGAACUUAAUUUUUAAUAACAUGCAUGUGACCCUCUGACUAAUGUUUCAGCAGUAGAAGGGGGAGUGAGAGCUGUGUGUUUGUUUCCUUUUUUCCUUGGAAAGUUUAGGGGAAUCAUUUCUUUUCACCAGGAACAGAGUCAAGUGACUGACUGAACCCACAGCUAACCAGCCAGUUCUAUGAAAAAGAUUUGAAACUUACUAAUUUGGGCUUUUCAAAAACACUGCUUUUUUUUUAGAAGGGUCUAAAGAUAUUUAUGCUUAGCUACAAUAUUCAGGCAACUGGCAAUUUCUCUUAAUAGCCAUAUUUAAAGCAUACAUUCCACAUUUUAACAGAUUAGCCACAAGAAAACAGUCCCAUAUCUUCAGGGGGAAAGAAAUGAACAUUAGUGGCAUCUAAAUUAUAGCCAGUUCUGUUAUUUUUUAAAUGAGGUAAAAAAAUCAGUGUAACCCCAUCUGUUUUAGGACUAUGAAAACCAAUACCUGCAUAGUAAGGAUAGUAUUCCCUUGAAACAUGUGAGCUCUUCAACAAAAAUGAAACAAACCAGGAAUCUGUGAUUUCUGUUUAAUCACUGCUGGCCAUUACAUAGGUUUUGUUUGUGGGCAGGGAGGGGCUUUUGUUCCCUUUGGACAUAAUAUAGUCAGUGCACUAACAAUUAUGUACAUUCAGACUUGAUUAUUUUAAAUUCUGUCAUCAACUGUACUGUAAAUAGGGUACUGCAAUAUAGUCUCCAUAUAUGUUUAUUACUUUCCGUAAUAUUUAAGAGUUGCUUAAAAGUAUACAAAAUGUACAGUUACUAAGACAGCUAAUUUUUUUCCUUCUUCCCCCUUUGAAAGGAAGGGGCUUCAGUUGUUCUUACAUGGCUAGAAUCUAAUAAACAAUGUACCAGUAAUUUGUAACCUAAGUAUUGCAGUAUGUUAGUAACAACCUCGCAGCCUUGUUUUCACAGGUCAUUUUAUUUUGAACAGUUCAGUAUAUUGCACUAAUUGUUUUAGGAAUUUUCAUUAUAUGAAAUCUACCAUGUGGCAGAGAUGAUUUAAUCUAUUUAAGUGUUGAACUGCUAGCAGAACUUGUACAUUUACAGUGAUUCAGAAUUAGUAAGGAAAACAGUUCACCAGUGUUUAGUUUUAUAUUGAGGUGCUCAGGUUGGAAUAAAGUGGUAUAAAAAGCAAGUACUGGUUUCUCUUUCUUUUUUGGAAUGAAACAGUGAACAUCUAUAAAUAGUAGUAUGUAACCUAAAAUCUCUAAUAUCUUCUUUACUACAUUCUUAAAAAUGGUUUGUGUGGUACUGAUGCAUUAUCCUAAUAUCUUUAAAUAAAGGCUUUACAUUUUUUGUAUUCUUGAUAAUUGGAACUUCACCUUUUAUGUCAGAAACUGAUACUCACUUCCGCUGAGAAGUAUUACCAUAACUGAGAUGUUGUCUCUGGAGCCGGCCACUAAGGCAGCAUUUACAAGUUCACGGCUGAUGUGUUCAGCUGCACCCUCAUAGAAACUCUUAGCACAUGACUCUUUUUCUUUUUUAAUUGUAUCUUUGGCCACGCCAUUCGUUGGUCCAUCAGUUUCUUUCUGGCUGUAAGGAUCACAGUAAGUCAUUUCUGGUACAAAUGUUUGUGCAUUUUUAGGGUUAUAAGUGAAAUGUUUAAAAUAUUUUGAAUCAGGCAUAUUUUCUUUUGUAUUUGUAGUUGGCACACAUUCUUUAGAUUCAGAUUUAAACUGAAACAGUAUGUGGGUAUUACCAUCUGAUUUACUAUUGCUUGGUUUGUUGAUUGGAGGAAACAGAGACUUUUUGGAUGUUGAAGAUUUGUUGUGUAUGAGAGAAGAGUACACUUCUUUGUACACUUGAAACAUCGUCAUUGCCAGUGCAGUGACUUCCUUUUUAUCCAGAACUACCCAGAGUCCAUUAGUAGCCAAGAUAAGGAAUUGACAUAAGUCAUCUAUAGGGACAGAAAUGGUUUGAGGUGCUGGAAUAACAAAUUUUUUCAGUUUGAAAUUUCCAUGAAAUCCAAGUCCUCGAGUGGUUUUUAUUUGUCCUUCUAGGAGCCCAUAAGGUUCAUUUGAACUAAUUACUGCUCCACCCUGAAGUAGUCUUUGCCUUUCAUUUAUGUUUCGCAUAGUGUGUUCUUUGGUUAGGCAGAAGCCUUUUCCAUUUCUACAUAAGACUGCUUGCACAUUACCUAGGAGAUUAUUAGAGAAAAUUGAUUAGUCUAGAGAUCUAGUAACUAAAUAUCAAAUUAUGCUGUUAACUUUAUUAUUCUGUGUUUCAGUGCAUAAACAAGCCAUUUAAAAAUAUUUUUAAUAUAUGUAACAUGUUAUUGGAUGAUUUACAGUAAUUCAGAUUUCAAGUUGGGAGGCCAGUUUAGCUCUCAUUUUUAAGUAGCUGAGUGUUUAAAAUACUGCAUUUAUUAUUAACCAAAACUACAAGUAGUGAAAAAUAAUAAAGCAAUUUUUUAAUGAAA